UCCGCCACCGCCGCACCGCCACCCGGAGCCGGGCCGCCAGCCGGGCCGGGCCGGGUCGCCAUCAUGCUGAGCCGGCUCGGGGCACUGCUGCAGGAGGCCGUGGGGGCGCGGGAGCCCAGCAUUGACCUGCUGCAGGCCUUCGUGGAGCAUUGGAAGGGCAUCACACACUACUAUAUCGAGAGCACAGACGAAAACACCCCAGCCAAGAAAACAGAUAUCCCCUGGCGGCUAAAGCAAAUGCUGGAUAUCCUGGUGUAUGAAGAGAGGCAGCAGGUAUCCUCUGGUGAGGCCGGACCCUGUCUGGAAUACUUGCUACAGCACAAGAUCCUGGAGACCCUGUGCACUCUGGGCAAAGCGGAGUACCCUCCAGGCAUGCGACAGCAAGUGUUCCAGUUCUUCAGCAAGGUCCUGGCCCAGGUCCAGCACCCACUGCUACACUAUCUGAGUGUCCACAGGCCUGUGCAGAAACUUCUCCGACUGGGUGGGGCAGGCCCUGGAUCCCUGACGGAAAAGGAAGAAGUUCAGUUCACCAGUGUCCUCUGCUCUAAGAUCCAGCAGGAUCCAGAGCUGCUCGCCUAUAUUCUGGAAGGUAAAAAAAUCAUAGGCAAGAAGACAUCCAGAGAACCUGCAGCUCUGCCUGAAGACAUGACUGGCUCCAGGGACAAGGACUGUCCCCGUAGUGACGCUCCCGGCAGGGACCCUGGCCUGGAUAGGGAGCACUGUGGUGUCCCAGCCUUGAGCAGCCACCUGCCUGCUGAGACUGAGGGGCCAGACAAUGGGCCUGGGGAGAGCAAUCUCAUCACCUCCCUGCUUGGGCUGUGCAAGAGCAAGAAGAGUCGGGUGGCCCUGAAGGCACGGGAGAAUGUAUUGCUGCUGGUAAGCGUGGCCUCGCCAGCAGCCGCCACCUACCUGAUACAAAGCACUUCCUGUUGUGUGGUGAUAGCCGAGCACCUCUGCCAACUGUACCGGUCCAUGCCUGCCUUCCUUGACCCGGCGGACAUUGCCACUUUAGAGGGCAUCAGCUGGAGGUUACCCAGUGCCCCAUCUGAUGAGGCCUCUUUCCCCGGCAAGGAGGCCCUGGCUGCCUUCUUGGGCUGGUUUGAUUACUGCGACCACCUUAUCACAGAGGCACACGCGGUGGUUGCAGAUGCCUUGGCGAAAGCUGUGGCCGAGAAGCUGUUUGUAGAGACCCUGCAGCCCCAGCUCCUGCAUGUAUCCGAGCAGACCAUCCUGACGUCCACUGCCCUGUUGACUGCCUUGCUGCGGCAGCUGCGCUCCCCCGCACUGCUUCAGGAGGCCGUGACCUUCCUCUUGGGCACUGACCAGCAGCCUGCAGCCACAGAGGACAGCCCCCAUACUCUGGGCACACACCUCAUCAUGCACUGUGACCAUCUCUCCGACGAGAUCAGCAUUGCCACUUUGAGGCUGUUUGAGGAGCUGCUGCAGAAGCCCCAUGAACGAGUCAUCCGCAGUCUGGUCCUGCAAAACCUUGAGGGCCGCCUGUAUGUGGCCCGGGGCUCACCAGAGCCUGAGAACUAUGAGGACACCCUAGAUCUGGAGGAAGACCCCUACUUCACCGAUGGCUUCCUUGAUUCUGGCCUUCAGCCCUCCACAAAGCCUCCCUCGGCUCCUGCCACCAGUUCGGACGGCAGAACAGCGGUGACGGAGAUCGUCAACAGCUUCCUUUGCCUGGUCCCUGAGGAAGCCAAGACAUCAGCCUUCCUGGAGGAGAACGGAUAUGACACCUACGUGCACGAUGCCUAUGGCCUGUUCCAGGAGUGCAGCUCCCGUGUAGCCCCCUGGGGCUGGCCCCGGGGCCCAGCGCCCCUGGACUCUCACGAACCCGAAAGGCCCUUCUUUGAGGGUCGCUUCCUCCAAGUGCUCUUUGAUCGCAUGGCCCGGAUUUUGGAUCAGCCAUACAGCCUGAACCUACAAGUGACCUCAGUCCUGUCCCGGCUUGCCCUGUUCCCCCACCCCCAUAUCCAUGAGUACCUCCUGGAUCCCUACAUCAGCCUGGCCCCUGGCUGCAGGAGCCUGUUCGCUGUGCUUGUCAGGGUGAUCGGGGACUUAAUGCAAAGAAUUCAGAGGGUACCCCAGUUUCCGGGCAAACUGCUCCUGGUGCGCAAGCAACUGAUGGGCCAGAUUCCCGGAGAGCAUCUGGAACAUCAGACCCUACUCCAGGGCGUGGUAGUGCUUGAGGAAUUCUGCAAGGAGCUGGCCGCCAUUGCGUUUGUCAAGUUUCCCCCACAUGGUCCUCACCUGAACUUCUCUCCACCCCCGGAAGGGCAAGUCUGAGCCAGGAGCAUGAUGGGCGGGGGAAGACGCCUGCCUGUACUUCUGCCCACGGGGCGGCUUCCUGCCUGGCCAUGCUGCCACGCUGUCCUCCAGACUGGGGACUUCAGCUGCGGGAGACCUCACUUGUUGACCAUGUGAGCUCAGGUUUCAGGGUGGUGUCACGGAGCUGGCUUCUAAGGCAGUGGUGUUCUU